AAAACUUCCGCGCAUAAGCUGAGCUUGGUGCAUGGCGGCCAAGUGACCCCGAUUGGCAAGUUGAGCGUUUGCUUUGUCAGGCCUGACUUGACAGACACGUAAAGGUCAUGCAGACCUCUGACACCAGAAUGCAGGGCUUCCCUGCGAUAAUCGCCAUGAUGCAACAGACUUCAAGCGGCGACACACCGACGUGACUUGAACAUGAUGCUGCAGAGUGCCGACAGGAAAAGGUGACAGCUUUUGAUCAGCGGAAGCGCUAAGUGGAAGACGAUCUCUCUCCCUUGAGGCAAACUGAGCUUAGUCUAGUAGGUUGACAAAGUCAGUUUUGGAUCAAUUACUGAGGUGCUUACGGUUUCGCGGCAGCUGAAAUUUGCCUCGCUGAAGUUUGCGCUUGCUUGCAAUCGAGUAAGAUCAGAAGAACGAUUUUUUUGAAGGGUUUCAAAGCCAACGACGUUACAAUGGCCGCUACCAGCCUCGCAGGGAUCCUGAAGGACAAGCAUGUCAUCCUUACCGGAUCAGACUCCCCGCUGGGCCAAGCGAUUGGUCGUGAGUUCAGCGCUCAUGGAGCAAAGUGCUGCGGGAUUGGCAGGGACUCCAAGGGAGCCCACGUGACCAUUAAAGACUACACCGAUCUGCAGGGGACCCAGAAAGCGGUGCAGGAGGCGCUGCAGAAACUGGGCGGCAAGGUCGACAUCCUCGUGAACUGCGCGGGUGGUCUCGAGAAGAACAUGAUCGGCUACGACACUAUGUCCAAGGUUCUGGAAAGCAACGUGGUUUCCGCCCAGAUGUGCUCCGAGGAGCUCUACCCUGAGCUCAAGAAGUCCGAGGCGGGCGGCAUUAUUAACGUGGCGUGCGCGGUCGGCAGCCUGAUCCCGAUGCCGGGCGACCUGAUGAACUACGGCGUGGCCAAGGCGGGCGUCAUGGAGCUGACCAAGGGCCACGCGCUCCAGUUCGCGCCGCACGUCCGCGUCAACGCCGUCUGCCCGGGGCUUUUCGAGGGCGACGAGAUAAUGACUGUCCUGGCUGGCGGCAACAAGAACAAGGAGAAGGAAAUGAUGGAGCGCGCAGCCAAAGCGAUGCCCCUGGGACGGCUCGGGAAGCCGGAGGGCAUCGCGGCCGCGAUCCUUUAUCUCGCGCACCAGUCGUACGGAACUGGCCAAUGCUUGGUCCUGGACAGCGGCGCAUCUCUCACCAACUGGCUCAACCACCCGACACUCGGGCUUGGGAAGGAGCUGUUCACGGCCGGGGAGAAGAAGCUGAAGGUCUGAAUUGAUAGAGGGUUCUGAACUAGGUCGGGAACGUAGUCACCCAAUUUUGGAAGAACGACGAUGCUUUUAAGAAAGCAGAGAAACUGGACUGUAGUGAUCACGAAUAUGAAGUGGAUCAGUUUGGAUAGACUGAACUGGCGUGUCGAUUUCGGGACAUGCAUAGUAAUUGUGAGUGAAAGUGGCGUUUCAACAAGAUCAAGCUCGCACGCCAAAUGAUCAUGUUGGACGUAUCAUAUUCGCCCUACUCUUAUGCUUCAUUUCAUCUAGCUGAUUUUAUAAUAUCUUUUAUGUCCCUCA